AUGACGACCGCAGGCGCGGCGACCCCGCGAAGCCGCAGGUGCUGAGGGCCGGCUGGGCGGCCGCAGACCGCCGAGAACAUGAGGAGCUGGUGUCUGUGUCAGAUCUGCACCUGCGGGCGACAUCACUGUCCACAUGGAACCACAAGGAUUUAUGAAAAUUCUGGUGUAUCUUGCCCCACCACUGAAUAUUCGGAAAAAUAUCCUACCUAUGGCAAUGUUCUUCCACCUCAGAGUCUGAAACCCAAGCAAGAAUUUCGAGCAUGCCGUGGUAAAAUGGAAGGAAUAACAACAUUUAAAUCGGAUUAUCGUCCUUACGAGAUAGUCAAACAGCCUCGCCAUGUACCGGAAGAAUACAAACCAAAACAGGGGGAGAUUGAUCUUGACACUACCUACAAACGAGAUUUUAAUUCUUACAAAGUGCAGCCUGUGGCCAUAGUCCGGCCUUUGGAGAGACAACAAGUUAAACAAGGGAAGGUGGACACUGUCCCAACCUAUAAAGAUGAUUAUAGAGCCUGGGACAUUCAGAAAAUUGACCUUUAUAAGCCUGAACAAACUUAUCAUCCCCCCACUGUGAAAUUUGGAAAUUCAACUACAUUUCAGGAUGACUAUGUUCCUCAGGAGAUAAAGCCUAGGCAAAGCUUUAAACCCAGCCCUGUAGUCAAACGUUCUACAGUCCCUUUUAAUGGUGAGACAAGCCAUCGCUUUGAUUAUGUACCUUAUCAGCUAGAACUCAAGUUUGCAAGGCCAAAAGAAGUGUACAAGCCAACCAACCAACCCUUUGAGGAUCUCACAACUCACCGAUACGACUUUCAGGGUCUUGUUGGCGAAACUGCAAAAAUCUGCAGACCUCCAUACACCAGAGUGACCCAAAAUGCUCAUUUUGAAGGAAGCACGGAAUUCCGUGAAAGCUUUCAACCUUGGGAAAUCCCACCACCCAAAGUCAAGAAAGCACAAGAAUAUGUCCCGCCUACAGGUACCAUGCAGCUGAGCAGCACAAGCCAUCUCGACUAUGUUCCCUAUCAGACCAGACGUGUCAGUCCCAUCAGGCCAGUUGAUCAAAGAAGAAAUAACAAUUUUCCUUUUCAAGGAAAAAGCACCACAAAGGAAGAUUUUCCAGCCUGGGAAUGCUGUCGUCAAGGUCUUAUUAAGCAGCAGCAGCAGAUUCCCAACCCAUCUGGAAAAUUUGAUGGUUGGAGCACUUUCAGGUCUCACUACGUGCCACAUGAGCUGAUCCCGACGGAGAGCUGCAAACCAGUACAUGCUCUGUUUAAGAGUUCGGCUCCAUUCGAUGACACAACCAUGUACUCUACAGAGUACACACCAAAGAAACAGGAAAUCUGCCCUGCUAGCUAUCCUUCUCCUCCAGGGUAUAUCUUUGAAAGUACAAAUUCUCAAGGCCAUAAAUUCUUCCGCAAGGUUACGCCCACAGUGGAGGCCUUCUAA